CUCUCUCUCUCCUCCAUCUGGUUCACCCUAACUGCCACGCAGAGAGAAGAUGGAGUUGCAAAUGAAGGUGGCGGAGGCGGUGCACGUGCUGAACCACGACAUCCAGUCGUGCAACCGCGUGGCAGCCAAUCAAUGGCUGGUGCAGUUCCAGCAGACCGACGCUGCUUGGGAGGUGGCCACUUCCAUCCUCACCUCCACCUCCCCCUCUCCCUCCCCCUCACCCUCCCUCUCCUUCGAGGUCGAGUUCUUCGCCGCCCAGAUUCUCAAACGAAAGAUCCAAAAUGAAGGCCAUUAUUUGCAAUUCGGAGCUAAGGACGCUUUGCUGAAUGCUCUUCUUCUGGCCGCCAAGAGAUUCAGCUCGGGCCCUCCUCAGCUUCUAACGCAAAUCUGUCUUGCGCUCUCUGCCCUUAUGCUUCGUGCUGUUGAGAAUGGGAAACCUAUAGAGCAGCUCUUUUACAGUCUCCAGAGUUUGCAGAGCCAGGAUGACGGAAAUAUUGCAGUGUUGGAGAUGCUCACAGUUCUGCCAGAAGAAGUUUUCGAUAACCAAAAUGCUGAUAGCAAAAUAAGUCCAGCCUGCAGAAGCCAGUACUGCCGAGAGCUUCUUUCGCGUACCCCGACGGUUCUUGAGUUCCUGCUGCAGCAAUCCGAGAAAAGGUUUGAUGGAGGUGCACAACUUUAUGAACCGAACAGAAAGAUUCUGCGUUGCUUACUGAGUUGGGUUCGAGCCGGGUGCUUCUCGGAGAUUCCUCAGGGCUCAUUGCCAGCACAUCCACUUCUAAAUUUUGUAUUCAGUUCUCUUCAGGUUUUAUCUUCAUUUGAUUUAGCCAUUGAAGUUCUCACUGAACUUGUCAGUCGACAUGAGGGGCUACCCCAAGUUUUGUUAUGCAGAGUGCAUUUUCUUAAAGAAGUGCUUCUUCUACCAGCUCUUAGUAAGGGAGAUGAGAAAGUUAUUGGUGGUCUUGCAUGCUUGUUGUCAGAAAUUGGGCAGGCUGCACCAUCUCUAAUUGUAGAAGCGAGUGCUGAAGCACUUGCUCUGGCGGAUGCACUCUUAAGCUGCGUGGCAUUUCCAAGUGAAGAUUGGGAGAUUGCAGACUCAACUUUGCAAUUCUGGUCUAGUUUUGCAAGCUAUAUUCUUGGCCUUGAUGAGGAUGGUCCAAAAAGUAGGAAACAUGUGGAAGACAUGUUUUUUUCCAUAUUCUCAGCUUUGCUUGAUGCGCUUUUAUUGCGUGCGCAGGUGGAUGAAUCUACGUUCAAUGAUGAGAGAGGAAAUCUUGACCUGCCUGAUGGCCUUGUCAAUUUUAGGAUGAAUCUUGUUGAACUUUUGGUUGAUAUUUGUCAAAUUUUAAGAUCAGCUACAUUCUUACAAAAGCUUUUCAUUGGUGGUUGGGCCUCAGCAAAUGUACCAAUUCCUUGGACGGAGGUGGAGAGCAAGUUAUUUGCUCUUAAUGUGGUUGCUGAAGUAGUCCUACAGGAGGGCCAAACCUUUGAUUUCUCUGUGAUUAUGCAGUUGGUGAUAAUGUUGUCUGUUAGAACUACUGCUGAGCUCAAGGGCUUCAUGUGCAUUAUGUACAGAUCUCUGGCUGACGUUGUUGGUUCCUAUUCCAAGUGGAUAACUGCUUUUCAAACAAAUUCUAGGCCCAUACUACUAUUUCUUGCUGCAGGAAUCUCAGAACCUUUGUCAUCAAAUGCUUGCGCCUCAGCCCUGCGUAAAGUUUGUGAAGAUGCUUCUGCAGUUAUUUGUGAAUCUGCGAACUUGGAAAUUUUGAUGUGGAUAGGAGAGGCUUUGGAGAAAAGGCAUUUACCUUUGGAAUAUGAGGAAGAAGUUGUCAGUGCCAUAAGUCUGAUACUUGGUUCUGUUCCCAACAAAGAGCUAAAGAGCAACUUGUUGGCUAGAUUGCUUUCUUCUAGCUACGAAGCUAUUGGAAAACUUGUUGAUGAAGACAACAAACAUUCUCUGAGACAGGAUCCUGCUACUUAUACACAAAUUUUGAACUCUGCCGCAAGAGGGAUGUACAGAAUGGGAACUGUAUUCAGUCAUCUUCCAAUGUCUUUGUCAACUGGGCCUUCUGCAGAUGAUCCUAUACUUACACUUCUAACAGUUUUUUGGCCCAUGCUGGAGAAACUUUUUAUGUCUGGACACAUGGAGAAUGGUAAUUUAUCCACUGCAGCUUGUCGGGCUCUUUCACAAGCAAUUCAAUCUUCAGGCCAGCACUUUAUGACAGUACUGCCCAGAGUACUUGAUUGCCUUUCAACAAAUUUUUUGUCAUUCCAAAAUCAUGAAUGCUACAUCAGAACAGCUUCUAUUGUUAUUGAAGAAUUUGGUCAUAGAGAGGACUAUGGACCUUUAUUUGUCACCAGUUUUGAAAGAUUUACGUAUGCGUCAUCAGUAAUGGCUCUUAAUUCUUCGUAUAUAUGUGACCAAGAACCUGAUCUAGUGGAGGCCUACACAAAUUUUGCAUCCAUGUUCGUUCGUGGCUCUUCUAAGGAAGUACUUGCUGCAUGUGGUUCCCUUCUUGAAGUUUCCUUCCAAAAGGCAGCUAUAUGUUCCACGGCUAUGCAUCGCGGGGCAGCACUAGCAGCCAUGUCAUAUUUGUCUUGUUUCUUGGAUGCGGGCCUGGCCUCUUUGCUGGAGUGCGUAAGUUGUAUUCUUGAAGGAUCAUUCAGUGCCAUGGCAAUUCAGGUCAUAUCUCGUAGUGGCGAGGGACUUGUAUCGAAUGUGGUGUAUGCUUUACUUGGUGUUUCAGCAAUGUCACGGGUUCACAAAUGUGCGACAAUCUUGCAACAAUUGGCAGCAGUUUGCAGUAUAAGUGAGAGAACUACCUGGAAGGCUAAUCUUUGUUGGGAAUCUUUGCAUGGAUGGCUACACUCAGCGGUGCAUGGGCUUCCAGUUGAAUAUCUAAACCAUGGAGAAGCAGAAUCUCUAGUGCCAGUUUGGUUGAAAGCUCUUGCUGGUGCAGCCUCAGACUAUCUUGAGAGCAAAAGCUGUGAUGGGGGAAAAAGUAGUUACGGGCAUAUGCAAGGCAAAGGUGGAAGAGUUCUAAAGCGUCUUGUCCGCGAGUUUGCCGAUAGUCACCGCAAUGUCCCAAAUUUGACUUGACUUGACUGCAGCAAAUAAUUUUCUGUUAUGUUGUAUAGAGCUGAUCCAGCCUGCAGCUUCAAGAGCUAACCGAGCCUUACUCCCCGUGGCUGACAGCACCUGUAACAUUUGUUGUAAAUUGACGGCUUGCUCUAAAGGUUGGUCAAUCAAUCUUGGUGCCUAUUAUUUGAGCGAUGUCUCCACAUAUAUACAUAUAUUUUGAUCCUUCUUCUGUAGUCUUGUACAGUACUAUCAUGUCCCCAAUUUUGUCAUAUCCCCGGAGGAGAUUAGAUUUUUUUCAAUGUUUUAUUUAAUUUAAUUAAUUAAUUAUUUAUUUUUAGCA